AUGUCUAAUACAUCGGAUUUUGAUAAGUAUGAGGAUACGACGACCAGCGGUUCUCUGGACGAAUAUCCAUUUUCAACAACUUGGUCUGUGCCUCUCAUCUUGACAGCAAUUGCUUUAAUUACUGUUAUCGGGAAUAUCUUCGUGGUACUUGCUUAUUUUCGCGAUCCGAAAAUAAGAAUAACCGUUGCUAAUAUAUACAUUCUGAAUAUGGCCAUUUCGGACUUUCUAGUUGGUGCAGUCAUAAUGAGCGUCAAUUUGGCAUGGGUUAUCUUAGACUACUGGCCAUUCGGAGAGGUCUUCUGCAAACUAUGGUGCAUCAUUGAUCACACCCUAAGCAUGGUAUCGAUCAUGACUAUGCUGUUAAUCAGUUGGGACCGCUACUGCCUUUUGACCAAGGGGGUGAAAUACAUCAGGAACCGUGGUCAUAAAAGAACGACCUACACCGUCGUGUCUCUUUGGAUCGGAUUGAUAACUGUAUAUAGCAUAUUGGCAUUCACUUGGAGUUCCAUAUCAGGGGAACACAACGUGAACUAUGAUGAAGAAUGUGAAAUGGAGUUUCUUACACACUUAUCUGCUACAAUUGUAGUAAACCUUUUGGAGUUCAUUUUACCAUUCGCCAUACUGGUGGUGGUUUACGUAGGUGUGUUUGUUUACAUAAAACGGCGCUCGAAAGGUUUCGUCGGAAAUAGGAUCAACCCAGAUAUGCUCUCGUAUGGCGCCUCGACAACGCGAUUUCAGAAUACAAGAAUAGAGCAAGAAUCUACACAAAACCGACAACAAAGCGGACCAAGAAGCACAUCAUCCGAAGGAGCAACGGAGCAGCUUGAAGGAAUUGAAUCUUCAUUGGACCCAGCUUUAGAGACCAAGCGUUCCAAAUGCUGCUGGAAAGAAGAUCCCAGUGUUGCCCAAGCUCGGCAGCAGGAUCCCAAUCCUGAAUCAGAAAAUAACAAUUGGCCUAGUAAGAAGGAUAACAAAACUUUAGUGAGGCAUCGCAGAGCUGCCCUCGUUCUUACAGUACUUGUCGGUUGUUACACUAUCUGCUACCUACCAUAUAACAUAACCAGUGUCGUGUUUUCUAUUUGUGGCUUUGAAUGUGUGUCUGACCGUGUGUGGGAAACUGUCAGUAAUUUUCUUUGGUGUAACUCCACCUUGAAUCCUUUUAUCUACGCUGCUACAAACGUCCAUUUUAGGAGGAAUUUUCGCCAAUUCUUGGGACUGAAUAGAUGGAAAUUCAAUUUCAAACGAUUCAAAAUAAGUACUAGGAAAGCGGAUAACAGUAUUGGCAAUGCCAAUAAGUAGUGCUAUGUAACUCGAGAUUCAAAAUGAGAGAAAGAGAUUCAACUUUUACUUGUUUGAUUUCCUUUUUUUUUUUUUUGAAGACUCAUAUCAGUCCGACUGAUCAGCAAACCAACACCGAGAACUGGCCCACUUCUUACGCGUGCAAGAGACAUGUUCUGUAUUUAGUUGAAAGAUCUUAUGUAAAAUCAAUGUUGUCUGCCGGUUGCCAGUCGGUUUUAUUGCGUGUGGGUGCGUUGUGGUCUCAUGGUUCUGACUCUCGCCUUUCAAACAGAGGGUCUUGGGUUCGAAUCCUAGCCAUGACGUGUUUUCCUUCAGCAAGAAAUGUAUCCACACUGGGUUACACUCGAUCCAGGUGAGGUGAAUGGGUACCCGGCAGGAUUAAUUUCUUGAAUGCAAGAGCGCUGAAAGGCACCUCGAGCUAAAACCGGUCGGUAGAGCGGGGGAUUGGUAUUCCGGUGACCCGGGUUCGAUUCUCACUCGGUGCGCUAGUGCCCUUUGGUAAGGCAUUAAUCCUCAGUACCAGGUCCUUCGGAGAGGACCUUAAGCCGUCGGUCCUCUAGUUGCUUGCUUACAAGCAUUCAUGCUUUCUUAGCAAUCAGGUAAAAAAUCACCACCAAGAGAAUCCACACAAAAUUGAAAGUUGUUUAAAUGAUGUAUAUAGGUGACAGUUUGAGCAAAAUUAAUAUGAUAGUAAUCAAUUAGUAGAUAGGGCAAAAAAGUUGUAAACUCUAUAAUAAAUACAUUGUAAUUUCUUUUCUGAAAAAACACGUUUAUUUAAUGAAACUCCACUUUUCUAAAAAAAAAAAAUCAUGAAACAAUUGUAACCGGGGUAACUUCUCUUUCUGAACUAAGUGACAAGUUUAAGAAUGUUUGCCUUGCAAUACUCACCGAUAAUUCAGAUAGUGAUCCAAUCAAUCCAGCUUAUGCAUGUUAUUUAUUAUAUGAUAUCCAUCACGGAGAAUCAGGCUUGUGUCCCCGUUUAAAAUGAAGGGAAUACGCUGAUUAUUCAAAAUUAAUGCCAACACAAAUUGAUAUAUUUCAAAAUCAUAUAUAUAUAUUCAAUAUUCGUUUCGAUUUUAAUCAAUAGCCUACGUUGGAUCAACUAGUAACCUUGAUAAGAGACUGAGCCGUAUUACAAAGUGGGAAUACUGUUUCGUGUUAUUUUCUGCUAUUUCCCUGUCAGGUAUAAAAUGGCAACAACAGCAAUAACAAACUGCUGUGAAAGACGCUGACCCUAAAAUCCUGCAAAAUGAUGCAAAACAGGUUUUAGUAAAGGUGCCUAUGAAUCACUUGGCCCCUGUAGAGCUUCUUAGACUCUAGGUCAGCUCAAUCUCUCACAGUUAGAUGUUGGAUAAGAGUUGCUUCACCCCCUGCUAGUUAUGAUUUGAGUAAUACAUGUGUUUUAAUAUCUUGAGAUGCAUAGCCAUAGAAUGGUAUAGCUCUGUCACUCACAUACAACUUCGAACAGAAAUAACAAAUUAUUCUUUUAUUGCGAUCAAAAAUAGCAACACAGUCUGAAACAUAUUGUGUAAAAAUCGCCAUUAUGUUUUAUUCAUGUUACAUGAACUGCUCCAAUUUAAUACAUAAUUCACUAAUAAAACCGAAUCGUUGCUUGCAUUCAUACUCUACAGCAUAAACAUGGUAAAAGGCAAAUGGGUUUUUACCGGGAAGGACAUUUUUUUUUAAACAAAAAAUGCGUUUCAUCUUUCUGCCCAUUUUCAUGUCAUGACUUUCGUGUGCAGAUGUUUGAACACCGUGCAUUUUUUAAAGCCGGUGCCCCGUUUUACUUCGUAUAAAGGGCAAUUAAAUGUAAAUUCUGAUUGAAUGUGCAACAAAUCAUGGCUACUCUUGACACAUUGCUUUGAUUUGAUUGCAGUGGAAAUUAAUGUGGAAAUCGGGCCUGACAAACAGCGAAUACAAUGGAAAUCCAGGCAUAACGACUAACCAUUUUCCAUGAGCAAAGCUGUAUCCAAAAAAUAGAAAUUACAUGCACUGCUUUGCUCUUGCUGGCAAUGCAAGUGAUGGCCCAUCCUGCAACGGUAACACGACAUUUGCUCGGGGCUUCACUUCGUCUACGAUAUAUAGGAUAUACAUGUAGUGUUAAAUCCGGGGUUGAAGUAGAUCAUUCCAUUGGUAUGUGGAAUUUACAGCGGAACAAAAACCUCCCUCAACGAGAUAGUUACUAGAGAUUACCUAGUCCUAGAUUUUGCUUAAGUAGGCGCCGCGCUCUAUAAAGUAAAACAAAGUAAAUAAAAUGCAGUCUCCAACUUCUGAGCAUUUUUGCAGGUGAAAUUCUAUACUCGAAAGAGGCAAAGCCCCACCUUAUAAUAACACAAAGCCAGCUAUGCUACACGAACUCUCUUCUGUCGGGUAAAGCAGCAUUCCCGCGAAAGUACUGACCGCACAGGAACGUUAGCGCUAACAGAGGCCCUGUUAAAACCAGUGUGGCAGCGAUGCCCAAUGUUACAAAUAUGUGUUAUUUGCACAUUGAAAUAAUUGUUGGGACUUAACAGUCAGGACGAUGUGACUAGGCUUACUGCUAACGCUCUGUUAGGCUCGCAACGUUUCUGUCGGACGGCACUGGUUGAUUCAAUGCCGCCAUUGGUUUAGAUAACUCAUCAAUUGCGUGCGCUUUUUUUCAACAACCAAAGCCGGCUGACCUCUUCCAGCUAUGGAAAAUACAUGCAGGCAGAUAUUACUAGAAUCUUAUAAAACUUCUGAACUUGGAAGGCCUAUUACCCAGUGGUACAAUGUGGCCAAUGGUAAUCCAAUUCUGGAGAGGCAAAACGCUAUUAGUCGAAGUCACUGCAUUUUGGAUACCCAAUGGGAUAAUGAACGCUUAUGAUAAUGCAUUCGGAGAUCUGCAGGUUCCAAACAAAUAACCUGUUUAAAAGUUGAAUGGCAGGCAGUGUAAUGCCCAUCCAUCCCCUGUUGAUUUCUGAUACUCCUUUCAUAUUGCGCCUUUCACCGGCGAACUUCACCGGCGAAGUUCGCCAGCGAAGGGGAAAGUGUCCAGUAUGAAAGGUACACAGGAGAACUUCACCGGUGAACUUCGCCGGUGAACUUCUCCACCUCUAGAGGUGGAGAACUUCGCCGGCGAAACUGUUUCACCGGCGAAGUUCGCCGGUAAAAGGCCAGUAUGAAAGCAAACCGGAGAACUUCUCCUCUUUAAUGACGUCAGAUGUCAAUUUUUUUUCUCUCCCGAAGUCCCCUGCACCGAGAUUCCGCGCGCGAUAGUUGCAAGCUCAGCUGAAUGCUAUGGCCAAGUAGAUACCCUCGAACAUUUUUUUUUUUUUUUUUACUAACAAUAUUUAUUAAAAAGCACUUUUUACAUGUAUAAAAUGCGCUAAGAUAUAAAA